AUGCUCAUGGUGCCGGCGGCGGGGGGAGGAGGAAGAGGAGGAGGAGGAGGACGAGGAGGAGGAGGAGGAGGAGAAGGCCGCCGCCCCGCAGCCGGUUGUGACGGUGGCGGGCUCGGGGCCUCCCUCGGCGGGCGCCGCCUGACUCCCGCCGCUCCGGUCACACACACACGGGGGGGGCCGGGCCGCGGCGGCAGCUCCCCGGGCUGCGCAGGCGCUGCAGCGGGCGCCGAGCCAGCAUGGAGGCGGGCGGCCGCGCGCAGGCGCCGGGACGCUGAGGGGAGCGGCUCCCCCCGGCCGGUCCCCGCCUCGGCUGAAGGAGGGGAACCGCGGGGCGCCGGGGUGUGCGGUCCGGUGCCCCUCAGGUGUCCCCCAGGAACCCCCCGCCGCGGGAUCCGGGUGCCCCCGGGGUGGUGGCUGCCUGGGUGUGCCGGGGAGGAACCGGGCUGUGCCUCCCUCCUCUGCCCCGCAGCGAGGGCUGAAGGGGAUGCGAAAUGCUUUCGUGUGGUGCCUGUGAAUCUGACUUUUAAAUUAAUUUUGGGACAGAGCAACUGCUAUGGUGUGGUAGGGAGUAAAUGUAAACUGUGGAAGGUGGCGGACGCUCUCGCUUCUCGUCAGCCAGGAUCCUGGAUAUGCGCAAGUGUGUGGCAGAAAGGCGGUUUUUCACAGCUUUCUUCAGGACUCGGUGCUUCCAGCAAGCCCAGAUCCUGGUGCCGUGGAUGGGAGCAGCGGCUGCAGCCGAGAGCAUCGCGUUGCUGCAGCAACACGUCGGCUUCCUGGGGACCGCGUUGCCUCGGCGACACCGGGCGGGCUGAUGCUGCCGGAGCAAAUCGCCUCAAGCAGCUGCCCCAGAAAGCGGGGCAGCCCUGGCCUUGCGGGGAGAAUGGCAAACAGGCAGAGGUGGACGGCCUCUGGGUGGGACCACUGGGUUUGGAGACAGAGCCUGGCACGCGUGAUCCCUCGCAGGUGGUCAGACGAGGCCGCUGCCGAACGGAGCUCGCCAUUUAGUGUGCUAGGAUAAGACAGCGGGAAGGACAGUGUCAGCAGGAGGGAUUAGCUGAAGAGAGCAAGUGCUGAGGCCGUCGUCCUUGGUUUAUAUAACCAGGACCUGCAAACAUAUUGUGACAUCAGAAAUAACUGGGGAGCAAUGUCGUGUGUCGCACUAUGCAUCUACAACCAGAGGUAAUUGAGUGCGUUCAUCUUAGAAUAGUCCAGCGUUGUAUCAUGGUGGAUAAACAUUACACUGUGUCUUGUAGGCAGAGGAUUAAAUAUCGAUUUACAUAGGCUGUGUUAACACAUUACCUGUGUUAAUACUGUUAGACAUACAGCCUCCCACCUGGGUGACUGCAAGCAGUCCAGCAACCAGACCCAACUGGUAGGAAAAUGCUGACAGGUCUUCAAGAGCCCUGAGACCCUUUAUCACAAUGGUGGUCGUGGAGAUUGGCACCAAAAUUCCUUCUGGGGACUUCACUGGAGCCACCUGAAACUGCUCAUCAGAGGAAGGGAUUCAAAGUCUGAUGUGUAGACGUCAGUUAGCCACAGCACAUGAAGAGCAAUUUGAAAAGCAAAAGGACGGUAAAGGAGAGAAGAAUUUAUAGAAAAAGUCAGGUAAUUUGCUGAUCAUUGGUCUGUUCUUGUGGGAAUAUUUUCUCCCUUCACACUGUUGGAUUGAGAAGCCUCUUGCCCACUGUAAUUAGCUCUUGAAUAAAUAGCAUUUUUUGAACACAAGCCUCUGUUUCCUGUUUUUGUGUGUUAGCUCUUUUUUUUUUUUAAGCUUUGCACUGAUUCUCACAGAAGAGCAUAGCCUGCUUUUAGGGAUCUAGUGCUCCUUUUUGCCUCUGGGAACAUCACCAUAUGCUGCAGUGUUAUGCCUCUACCACAUUAACAUACCUGUUUUAAAGUAAACAUUUUCUCUGUACUUGUAACUGUGACCUUACUCCUUGAUGUAGGCUUGUAUUUCUGAUAUUUAGCCUUUCUCUCCGAGCCCUUUGUGCAUUUUCGUCAAUACAUUAGCUGUCUUUAUUCUCACAACGAAAGCUAUGCUUGUGUUUAUAAAGGAUUCCUGAACUGUGAGAAAUGUUUCUCAGUGUGUGCGGUUUUGCAUCAUUUGCCCUUGAAAGGGUGCAGCUUUCCCUGACCUCUUGCUUUUUCUUGUUCUCUUGUUUUUUCUCAAUGACUCUGGUAACUGCAUCAGUAGCCUUGGGAUUCAUGUUUUCCUUUCACAUCCAGGAAAGAUCCAGCCUUCGCUUACCCUCUCCAGCUGAAUCACAUAUCUGGUCCGUCCUUCUGUGAGCUUUCCAUGGCUCAGCCACACCAGAUUUGUUCUGGUUCACAACCAACUCCACCACAAAGCUCACUUUCCUGUCUCAUCCUUUCACCCACCACUUCCCUUUGCUAUGAAUUUCUCAGUCUCCCCUCUCUGUGUCAAAAUCACUUCAUAUCUUCCCCAUCAGGAUCCUUUAUGACAUUUCUUCAGUCGAUCAUUCACGGAAUCCAUCAGGGGUUGUCCUGCAGCAUUGUCCACUGUCCCAUCCCCAACAGACGUGGCAGUGGUUUCUGGAUCUCCUUGUCACAGCUGAGCAGUGCUCUCUAGAAACGUGUGGGGAGGCUGGUGCGGAGAGCCCAGCGGGCCUCCUUGAUCCUGGGCUCCCACCCGAUUGAGGAUUUCAUCUGUGUCGUGCCCCAUUCUUAAACUCAGAAAGCCUUGGGGAAGAGACUCGUCUUUUUUUCUCUUCAGCACGCUGAGAAAGUGAAAAAUGACAGCUCCCUGAGCUGCACUGCUAGUAACGCGUCCCAAAUGUGCACGGUUAUGAUUCUAAUGUCGCCUCAAAGCGGCUUGGUCCCCACACUGGUGCUCCUCCACGUUGUCUGCAGUUAGCAAGGGGGUUCCCUUGCAAAUGCAGAGCAGUAGCAGCAGUUCCUCGAUGUUCAGUUUGCAGUCGGAAAGAAGCUGGAGGCAACAUACAGAAAGAAAAAACAACUGUUACCUACCUUUUUUAACACCCUUGUAAAGGUGACCGUUUUUAUGAGUCAUAGCUAACACAAACCAGUUGGAAAAGAUACAGCCUAGACCUACACCGUGGCUUAGAGAAACCUGAAAGAGCAUUUAGUAUUCACGGUACGUGUGCAUUAUUAAAAUAAGCCCCUGUCGGUCUUAACUCCGUCAAGUCCUUUUUCAGAUUUUGUAGAGUUAAUUUCUCUUGUCACCCGGAGCAAUCCUUAACGUGCAGAACAUUGACUUGUCAAUGAGACGGGAAGAGUGGUGGCAAGGUUUGGCUCUUGCUGCGUGUGUGCAGGAGGAUCUCAGCGCAGGGGAUGUGCAUUGCGGUUGUUCCUUUGUUCGCAUUUAAUGGGACGAGAAACAAGAACGUAAUUAUGCCCUGUCUCACUCGAUCUCCUCCCUGCCUCUACGUAUUUGAACUCUGAAAUAAAGGCAAGUGGCAAUGCAGCUUUUUCUGGCAGUUGAGUGCAUCCCCGAGGCAGAUCAGAAGUGAUGCUGCCCGGAUCAUUGCACGUUGUGCAGUUUCCAUCUGAUAAGAGCUUCCCGCUGAGCCAUCUCUCAUGGCAGGGAACAUGGCCAUUACGAACAGUAUUUCAAGUACCUAAAAAUGAUCAAAGUUAGAGGCACGGUGUUUCCUGUUUGUUUUCCUUGUAUGUUUGACAACCCCAUCAGAAAGUGCUAGCUUCGCUUUUUCCCCUGAACAGCUGGCUGAUUUCUGCUUAUCUGACAACACCCUUUUGUGUGCUACUAGAUUUGAGGAUGCAACACCAAAAUGGGGCUUGGCUCAGAGAACAGCCAUUUCAGUUUAGCUAUUUUAGCUAUUUAUUUUCAGUUCAGCUUCAUACAGCAAAGUAAAUUCAUUUUUACUCUAAACCUAUCAACCCCUUUUAAAGCACAGCACGGGGUUACAAAAGAUUUGCUGCCUAAGGUUUCUGCAAAUUGAAAACACUUUAUUAAAAAGGGUGUUUGAAGCGUGCAAUUUUGGUUGGCUUCAGACUGAAAUGAAAACAUAACGGCAAAGACAAGAAAGAAAUGGAAAAUGCAGAGGAUCAGUCGACCUAUAUGACACCCGGGAAGAGGGCUCAAGCUGACGCCUUUGGGAGGCAAUUCAGGACUAACAGUGAAGGAAGGGAAGGUAUCACUGAUGUGUACUAGACCUGAACAAGGAGCGACCUACUGAGCCCGAGCUGCAAGGCAGUGCUAGAGAGGCACGGAAAAACAAAUGAAUGAGAAAACACUUGAUUGAUGAAAUUGCCCGAAAUAAGGAAGGAGGAAAACCACUGUAAUAUGUAAACACUUUAACUGCAAAGUUGUUUAAUCUGAGCCGUGCUAGGAACUGGCAGUGUAGGGCAUUAUUGCUACUUCCUAGGCUACGUAACAGACACAAAGAUGGACUGUGAAAUUUUCCACUUAAUGACAGGGAUAUUAAAUUAUAAAAAAAAAAGAUAAGAGUUUAUCUCAAAAGCAAUGAGCUAUUUUCUCAAGACCUUGCCGCCUAACUUUAAAAGAAAUACUGUGGAAGUUGAGCAGGUCUCAAAAGGAAAGAAAGCUGUAGCAGAAAGAAUGCCGAUUUAAAGCUUCUUUCCAUUUCCAGAUUUAUUUAUUUUUUUUACCUAGUGAGAGAAUCUAAACAAGGGGAAAACGUAUUCCAGUUGAUUGGGAUCAAAAUCCAAGUCUCAGACGUGCAAAAGAAUAGUCUGGAUAGAGAAGCCAAUAAUUAACUAUGAAAAAAGCCAUGGCAAAUGUGAAACCCACUUGGCGUGGAAAGUGGAGGGGAAAAAAGGACAAAAGAUUGGAAAAUGUUCUUGCAGGAGCAAAAGUGCGGCCAAAAUAGAGAAUUUGAGUAUAUGAGGAACAACCUGAAAGGUUACAUGGGAGGAUUCUUGGGAGUGAGCAAGAAUCGUUGCCCAGUGACAAUGUUGGUGCCUAGAAAGAAAGCUGUAGGUAGCUUGGUCGAGUUGGAAAGAGCAUAUUGCCACUGCAGUUGUAUUCUA